AUGAAUCUCCGAGAACAAUUGACGCAAUUGCUCACGUUAGCAUAUGUCUUCCUGUCGGCCUUUGUAGCAUGGAAAGCCUUAGGAUUAGUCACCAACUCCCAUUCGCCGAUUGUGGUUGUUUUGUCGGGGUCGAUGUUACCUGCCUUCGACAGAGGUGAUAUCUUGCUUUUGUGGAACAGAGACCAGCAAGCUCGCGUCGGAGAUAUUGUUGUGUAUGAAAUUGCCGACAAAAGCAUUCCUAUUGUGCACAGAGUUCUUCGUGAGCAUCAUAGUACAGAAAAACAGCUUCUACUUACUAAGGGUGACAACAACAUGCAAGAUGAUCUUCCACUUUAUGCCAAGGGCCAGCUGUAUCUUAACCAAAAAACGGAUUUGGUUGGUACUGCCAAAUUUUUCUUUCCUAAGCUUGGUUAUGUGACGAUCUUGCUUACUGAAAACCAGUAUUUCAAGUUCGGUUUGUUGGGACUAAUGGGAAUUUCGGCGGUGUUGACAAGCGAGUAA